AUUUUAAUGAUACAGCACUAUCGUAUGCGAUGAUGCACCUUUGAGCAUGCGCGACACGUUAAAGUGACGUAAUCGUUGUCACUUUUAUUUUUAACGUUACAGCUUUCAUCCUUGUAUUUGGUUAAUAUUCGAUAAAUAUAAUUAAAUUUUUGUGUUUUUCUUUUUCUAUAGUAAAAUAUAUUAAUAAAUAAUAUACAUUAGGAAUAUUAUAAGAUUAUAUACAUGUUUGAGAAAACUAGUUUCAGGAAAAAUGGUGUUAGUCAAUUCGAAAAAGUUGUCAAUAAUGAGGAGUCAAAAAGAAUGGGGAUAAAAAAAACAUUAACGAAAGAAUGGAUUAUUAUCUUUUUGGUAUUUUUAUUCUUAUUGUUGAUAGUCAUUGAGAAAAUAUAUUUCAAUUAUGGAAUGUCUGUAGUAAAUAUUCAAAAUAUAUUUAGCAAACAAAGUGAUCUGCUGCAUAUAGAUAUAUUAUCACAUCUAUAUGAUUUACCUAAUUUAUCAAGUAUUACCGAUAUGUCUGAAUCUAUUGCCAAACAAUUAACAAGGACUGGUACACAAUUUAUAAAUACCACUAACAGUUAUGAAAAAGCUAUUGCUGAUGUAAUGAUAAUGUUGUCUACAAAAUAUUGGUGGCUGAUGAGAGCAAUACUAAGUGGAAUAAUAACAACUAGUCUCAGUUGGUUGAUUAUUUAUAUGGAUAGUCGUAUCCCUGGAAUUGAUCCACCGUUUCCUCUUAACCUUUUAAGGAAAGGAGAAUACAGGAUACAAAUUAUAUCACAGAUAAACCUUAAUUAUCUUAUUGGGGCAUUAAUUGGAUUAUUAGUUUCUAUUUUCAUGUGUUUCGGGUGAUGCUGUUUUGUUUCUUAGGAAAGAGCAAAUCAGGUUUGUGUCUAUGUAGGCAGUCUAUGAAAUACUUAAAUAACAAAGUAAUUAUUUAAAAAAUUCAGUAUAUAUACAGAGUGUUCCUAAAAAUGUGUAUUGAUACUAGUAGCAGAUUAGUAAAUAUCAUUGUAUCAGAAAUCAUUUUGUACUGAUAUUGAUAUUUAGAUAUAAAGUAUUUAUUAUUUAUUGUUAUCAUUAAUAUAUUAGAAAUUAGUUUAUAACUGAUUUGGAAGAAUUAUAGUAUUACAAUUCUAAUACAUACAAGUUAAAAAGAUUUUUUAUAUUGCAAUACGUAUAUAUAUUUGAUACUUAUUUAUUAUUAAAUAUUAUUAAAAUAAGUAAUAUGAUAUUAUAAUAAUAAGAUAAUUUUCAUUAUAAAUCGAUUGAAAGUUUCUAAAAAUAAUGUAUAUAAGAAAUUUAAUGUAUAAGUAAAACAUACAUGGUACAAAAUAGGGAAACAUGACAUUACAUUUAAACUGCAAAAAAGUAUUUUGUUAUAUAUAAAUAUUAUUUGAAAUUGACUGAUUGUAAGAAUACUUUAUUAUUAAAACAUUAAGACUAAACAGUUACAUAAUUAAAAGUUGUGUCUAUAGAUAAA